ACAAAUGCAGCAGGCUAUACAGCAGUUUACAUCACUGUCAAUGUGAGUUACAUUAAUUUAAUGUUCUUUAUGUGUCUGAGAUGUAGUUUAACUUCUCACAUAUUAUUAUUUUUGUCAUUGUUAUUUCCUUUAAGUUCAUGUCAUAGUCCAACAUAAUAACUAGAUCCAUUCCUCAGGUCUAGGAAUAGUGCCGUUCUCAGGGAUGCCACUAAGAGCACUAAUUUCACUAGGGAAUUUUGAAUGUGCAGUUGAGUAAAAAAGCCUGCUUGACUAAUAAAAGCCUGCUUAGUUUUUUCCAUACUUACAUCCCUGCUUUCUUAAGAUAUGAGAUGCUGACAUAGAAUGAUUUUCCGUAGUUUUUGUAUUUUGAUGUCUCGUUGUUGGGUGCGCCCCUAGUAUUUCUGUUAUUCUUUUGGCUUUCAUUUCUCACAUUCAUUCAAUCUCAAUCUCAAUCUCAAGGUCCUUAUAUUUCGAUAGUUUUUCAGUAACUUUUAUUGGGGUGCUCCCUUCAGUUGGGAUAGUUAUGUGAAUGAGUAGGCAGCUUUUUUCUUUUUUGCUCUUGACGAUGAUGUUGUUGGUCUAUAAUAGCCUUGAUCUCAUGAUCUCUUUGGCUUGUCCCACAAGAUUGUGAUAAGAUUUUUUCUCUUACUACUUGUACCAUUUGUCUUUUCCAUCAGUGUUUAAGAAUUCUUUGCAGAUGUUCCAGUGUAGUUAUUUGGUGACCUUGUUAUCAUCAUUAACAAUAUUAAUAUUGUUACAUGUAAAUUAUGUGUGUAAAUUAAAUAAUUAUAAAAUUAUUAUUUUUUGCCUCAGAUUGUUAGAUGGCUGUUACCACUGUGGGCCAUGGCAGCAAUAUUUGACACAGAAAACAAUGAGUGCAGUCAGGAUGAUUAUGUGGCGCCUAUAUUCGCCGUGACAGAUGACUCAGGGGUGGGUACUGCAGCUAUUAUUUUUGUUCAUAUUAUUGUCUACUAAUGACACCUAAAUACUUUCUAUUUUUGUCAAAUUUAGAGCAUAAGACAUACACGUGCCAUUGUGGGGUGUUGUAAUUCUCCUGCCUUGUGGUACAUGUACACAACCUUGUCCCUGUGGCUUUUCCCUUAAAAAAUGGGUGGGGCAGGAAAAGGCCCUGGCAUUGGCCGGUCACGUUUCCCCUCAUACAUCCUAGUCCUGGGUGUAAUAAAUUAGUGCUAUGUGAAAAGCUAAAAUUACCGGUAUGUGUAACCUCACAGCGCGCGAUCUUGGGCUUCCUUUAAUAUCUCUUGACAAUUAAUGAAACAUUUUACAAGAUUUCCUUUUUGUCACUGAAACUGGCCACGGUAAUUUUUUGCUUUCCUCCGAUUCUUAUGAAGGGGACAGCGAGUAACAUUUGUAAAAAAAAAAGUCCGCUUUCUUGACUUUGGUGAUAUUUUAUUUCAUUUCUUGUGAAGUGGGGCUCUGUACACAGCCCAGUUCUAUUCACCUUAACACUCAGCCUUAUCAUAGCGACACGCUUUGUUUUAGACUUAUACUGUAUGACCUGUAUUUUUAAAAAAUUCAUUGACCUCUGUGAUCAAACAACUGGCAACAAAGAAAGACUUGGGUCCUUUUUAAAUAGACAGUGCUCAAUCAAUCAAUCAGUCAAUCUUCCCUUUGAUAUAAAGAAACUCCUUUGUACUUACCCUUGGAAAAGAAAAGAUAUCAGAGGUCUUCAAAUGUUUCAGAUCGGCGACCUGUCAUUGUUCCUGGCAGGAUUGAGGGAUGACUUGCAUCCAGCGCGGAGAUGUGUUUGUUUCAUGGUUGGGUUGUAG